ACAUGGAGCUUCUACCCACUUCUGAUUCUGAGCUUCUGUUUCCCGAAUUUGUCCGGACUGACGUUUGGUGCUGAAUCCGGGACACCUGUGACCAGAGUGACGGUGAAAGAAGAUGAUGGUGUCAUUUUACCCUGCUCCCUCAGCACCAAUGAGAACAUUGAGUCAAUGCUGUUUGACUGGAAGAAAGAAGGAACAGUUCCACAAAAGAAUGUGUUCCUGUAUGAUGAUGGCAAAUAUUACAAUAAUGGCCUCUUAGGUCAAGAUGAGGAGUUCAAAGAUCGAGUCUCACAUUUUCCAGAAGAGUUAAAGCAUGGCAACGCGUCUAUAAGAAUAAAAAAAACUAGGCUGGAAGACAACGGAACCUAUUUAUGUAAAUUUCCAAACCUGAAGCCAGAAAUCAGAACAUUCCACAUUCAGCUUGUUGUUGGUGCAGCACAACCUUCUGUCACAAUUCUUAAUCAAACAGAUGAUUGGGCACUGCUUCAGUGUGACGUUCAAAGUGGUUCCCCCAGACCUACGGUCGAGUGGUGGGACAGUAACAAUCAGAUCAUUCCUUCUGAGAAACCACAGGUCUCUAAAAUAGGAGAUCGCUUCUACAUCACUGUCAGCACUACUGUGAAAAAGGACGACAACUAUCGCUGUGUUGCCACACAAAAGGACAUCUGGCAUCAGUCACAGAAGAAAAUCUAUAUACAUUUGAAUAAGAAGAGUGACUCUGCACCCCAAGGUAAAGUCAAAAAUCCUAAUGUUGAUUCAUACAUUACAUCAUUAGCUUGAUGUCAUUCACAAGUGGGCAGUCAGCAAGGUAAACCAACAAAAGGUUUUAACAAUAGGAAGCAGCACAGUGAGGAGAUCAGUUAGGAAGAACAUGAAGUCCUGGAAAAAAAUC